GGCUGUGUUGUGUACCAAGUGACCAGUACCCCUUGAGACGCUCGCAGGUACACCAGUUGUCUUGGUAAUUUCCCCAAUUGUCUUGAGAACAUGGCAAGGAAUGCAGAAAAAGCUAUGACCACAUUGGCACGGUGGCGUGCUGCGCAAGAGGGAGGCAGUCAACAACAGAAAACCCGUCGACCUUAUUUGGCUUCUGAGUGUGAAGAUCUUAGAGAAGCUGAAAAGUGGAGGAAUCAGGUCAUCUCUGAAAUUGCAAGGAAAGUCUCACAGAUUCAGAAUGCUGGCUUAGGAGAGUUCCGAAUUAGGGAUUUGAAUGAUGAAAUCAAUAAGCUCCUCCGAGAAAAGGGUCACUGGGAAGUACGAAUUAAGGAACUGGGUGGUCCCGAUUAUGUUCGUGUCGGACCGAAGAUGACCGAUAUGGAUGGACAGGAAGCUCCAGGCAACAGAGGUUAUAUGUACUUUGGAGCAGCCAAAGACCUACCAGGAGUGCGGGAAUUAUUUGAGCAAGAGCCCCCGCCACCUCCACGCAAGACACGUGGAGAGUUGAUGAAAGACAUUGAUGCAGAUUAUUAUGGCUACAGAGAUGAUGAUGAUGGUGUGUUGAUACCAUUAGAAAGGAAAGCAGAGAGGAAAGCAAUAAAAGCUGCAGUAAAGCAGUAUACAAACAAAAAACUUGCAGCUAUGACUGAUGGAGAGGAGGGUGAAGAGUCCCAAGGGAAUAGAAUUCAAGAGGAUGAUAAUGACACUAUUGACAGCGAUGAUGAAGAGAUAUCUCUUGACGAAACAGACGAAAGAUCAGAGGUCCAGCGGUUUAUGGCUCAUGUUCCCAAUAUCCCAACGCAAGCAGAUAUUGAGGCUGCCUUAGUGGAAAGGAAAAAACGUGAGCUACUUCAAACAUACCUUGGUGACUGAGGUAUAUGCAUUGAAGUGCCUGAGUUUAUGAAGUACAAGCAAUAACCCAGAAGGUUUAGGGAUUAUAUUAUGAUGCACUGCCUGAGAUCAGUCUAAAAUGCAGUUAUUACAUGUGAAGAUGUAAUUGAUAGAUGUGUAAUAAUUUCAUAUUUUAAAACUACCAUUUUGAAUGGUGAUCAUGAGACAUUUUACAAGCUAAUAGAAAUAAGUCUUCUAAAGCCGAUGCUAAAGUUUUAAUAUCCUUUUAACUUAUUUUCUUCAAUGAAAUGCUAGAAUUGUGUGAAAUUAUAAAACUUUUUUUUUAUGUAAGUGAACAAAUUCAGUUUGGAAUGUCAAAUCUUUUCUGUUAACAAAAAUAAAUGGUAAGCAAAGAAACAUUCAACUAUUUAUCACAAUGAUCAUUUGGUGUAGAGUAGUGAGGUGUAUGAUGAAGGAUUCAUCUUGGUUUAGAAAAUGUUAGUCUGCCUCAGCAUCUGUGAUGACUACACUACUCUGGAGCUGUGUUCAUUCCCUUCCAGCAAAUCAAAUCUGUAUAUUAUUAAAAUAAACAAUUUUGUUUAAUAUUAAAAGCAUACUUAAUUACUA